CGACUGCACAACCCGAUCAUAUGGUCCAUCCAUUAUUAUUCCUCCUCCACCUUAUUGGUGUACCCUUUGGUACGAGGGAAGCCCAUCCAAAUAUUAGUAGAUCCAACACAAUUGUUAACUUGACCCAAGUGACGACAUCAAUGAUUUGGUAUUGAACCCUCGGGAGCAUCAAUCAUGUACUAUUGUUUCUUGCUCCAAGUACUACACGGCUGGCCUCAGUGCUCCCAAGAGUCAUUGUGAACUUGAUCCUGUCUUUCGUCUUCCCCAUUGAGCUAGUUUGCCACUCAGCCCCUCAGAUUUUUGCAUUGCUCGGCAUGGGCUUGGCCAGAGUUACGUUGGAUCGUAUUGAGGAACAGCAUUGGGAUCUCCGUCGACAAAUCUUGCACCUACAAACAAAGGCUUCCAUUGACAGAGAAACGCACAAGUUGAUAGAGUUCAAUUCCCUGGUUUCCCUGGAGAUCCUCAUCAAACAAUACGCAAAUUUCCAAGUGCAGAUUACGAGUUGUCGGUGAAGAAGUAAAGGAAUAUCUGAAGAUCUCCAUGGCUGAGAGAGCCCGAGCAGAUGCUUUAGGUGGAGAAUCUUCUUCAUCCGAUGAUGAGGAUGCGUUUGAGGAAGAGGAGCUCGACCCUCGAAUUCAGAUUGAGUUGGAGAAGCUGAAUAGCUCGACGGAUGUGAUCAACAAGCUCGAAUUGGACUUGGAGGAAGCACGCUAUCAAUUCCGACAAUUGCUCAAUAAUUCCACCCGUCAACUGGAAACCUUAUCCAAGACCCUAGGAUCGGCUGUGGAACGUUCCCGGUGUUACUAUGAUGCUCGCAUGGAAGCCCGCAAAGCCUUGGCCGAGGCUCAACAUGCGGCUAUUCGCUUCGAGAAGGCCUCGAGUGCUCACGAGGCCGCCAAGGAAAUGGUCACUCUGGCGGAAGAGGGUUACGCCGAGAAGGGCUUGAAAUUCGAUUCCGCUUGGCAAGAGAUGUUGAACCAUGCCACAAAUAGAGUGAAUGAGUCGGAGAAGGAAAAAGAUGAGAGUGCUACUCUGCACAAGAAGAAAUACAGGAGCUAUCAAAAGUCCCAAUUACGAGUUCAACUCAUCGAAAAGACCCUGAAGAGAUCCAUUAACAAGUCGAGGCCCUAUUUCGAAUCGAAAGCCAAGUUUAAUCAAGUGCUCGAUGAUCAAAAGCGGCAAGUCGAGCUCAUUGAAGAAACCAUCCAGAUGACUAAACUAGGGUAUGCUCAAAGUUUGCGGGAAUUGGAGAAAAUUAGUGAAGAAAUCCACGAAAGACGACAAAAAGAGAAAGCAGACAAAUUGGUCGAAUUGGGACCGAGGGGCCAAGGAGUUGGAGCGGAAGAAGGCCAUGCUUCCCAGGAACACGGAACUCAGGGCCAGAACCAUCCCAUUAAACGUUCCACUUCCUACCAUCGAGUUCAACACCUGGUGAGACAAUUCUCCAGAGAGUCUGCCAAAUUUUCUUGCACGGAGAUUAAAAACUCAUCCGAAACUAAUUCCAAAUCCAAGGAAACUUCGCCUGAUUGCAGCAAAGACGCCUCCAAAUCUCUUUCUCAUCCCAGCUCAUCUGAGCCAACCAUUGGACAAGUCAAGGCCUCCUCAUCCUCGUCGUGCUCUUCCUCAUCUCGUCUUGAGAACCCAAUCAGCUGUCCAUCCAAGAUGGCGACUGGCCCCACUCAGACUGAAUCGCAGGUGACGUCCACUUCCAAUUCUUCUACUGCCAGUCCACUUCCAUCUCCCAGCUACGAGACUUUGGGAUCGGACGAGGAUGAUUGGCAAAAACUGGAUGUCUCAGGUCUUACCAAGGAUUCUUCAUCUGAUGAGGAUAGUCAUAGCGAGAGAAAAUUAAAUGCCCCAGUCCAUUCUCCAUGCAAGGGAGACGCAACGGUCUCGGCCACCCUCAAAGAUCCGAGGUUAGCCCAAGUCAAAGAAGAAUUCUCAAGUCUACCCUACGGAUGUGGAGAUGACCUGUCAGAUGCAGAGAGCCUUGCCAGUAUGGACAUGCUAAGUGAUGAACAAAUAGACCUAUUGAUCAAAGGAAAAGUCUUCUCGCCCAGGAGACGCAGUUUAGAGCCUUCCAGCAGUCAAAAGGCGUCUACCAUAUUUGAAAGAGGAACAGGAGAUCACACACAAGGAGAAGAUGAAGAGCAAAACUGUCAAGAGAUUUUCGGUGUUAAGAAGAGCGAGACAAACGACAAGACGUCGGAAGUCAAGAGAGGACAUGUGGAAACCUGGGGAGUAAAUUUGAACUCUCCAUAAUGACGACACCCUUAGUCAUAUACAUGUGGCAACCACUUGAAGCAAUAAUCAAAGUUCUACACGUACACCCGUUCAUGGUUGGUUGUUGCUCAAUAUUUACCAAUAAUAACGCUUUGAAGACAA